AGACACAGGUGUCUCCAGUCAGUGCAGACUUCGGAACAACCGCUCAUUUGCAAGACUCACUGCUGACUUCAACCCCAAUAAAGGGCCCAGGCUGGCGACCUAGCAAAAGACCACGGCUUGAGUUGGAGGAAGAGGAGGAGAGUGACUCCUCAAAUGAAUCACAUAAAGAUCCGCUGGACUCGACAUACAACCCUGGUGACUCUGUUCUUACAGAGGAAACUGACGUCUCGUAUGAGACACAGCCCACACCGAAUGAGGCUAAGUAUAUUGUCUUUGAAAGCUGCCUCAAACAGCUGUUAGAAAACUGCCCCGUGUGUAAGGGAGGCUGUGAUCUUCAACAGCGAAGGAUCGGUACCUAUGUGGCUUUCACUCAGAAAUGUCUACACUGCAGCUACUUCAGACAUUGGGAGAGUCAGCCCAUGGCUGGAAAUACCCCCAUCGGCAACCUGCAACUUUCAGCUGCUACCUACUUCACAGGGUCCUCCUUCAUCCAACUACAAAAGGUGUGUGAGGCCAUGCAACUCCAGAUAUUUCAGUAUGACACCUUCAGGAGGCAUGCAAGGAAUUACAUGGAACCGGCUAUUGUUCACAAGUGGAAGAUGGAUCAGCAGCAUCAUUUCCAGCAACAGUUGAGCCUUGGUGGGUCAGUUGCAGUGGGAGGAGAUAUGAGGGCAGAUUCUCCAGGGCACUCAGCUAAGUUUGGCAGCUACUCAUUAAUGAAUCUGGAGAGCAACACCAUUAUGGACAUUCAACUUGUUCAGAGCAAUGAAGUAGGCGGCAGUUACCACAUGGAGAAGGAGGGACUCAAAAGAUGCCUAGAUCAUCUGGAGGCAAACGGAUUUAAGGCGGAUUACAUUGUUACAGACCGCCAUCCACAGAUCCAGAAAUAUCUGAGGGAACGGAACAUCACGCAGUUCUAUGACGUCUGGCACUUUGAGAAAGGUUUGUCUAAGAAACUGGAGAAAGCAUCGCACAAAGAAGACAUUCUUAAGAAAUGGCUACAGAGCAUCAAGAACCAUGUGUACUGGUGCGCUACGUCAUCAACCACUGGACCGGAAAAAGUGGCAAAGUGGACAUCGCUGCUAAAUCACUUGCAAAAUGUUCAUGAUCAUGAAGACCCCCUUUUCCCCAAAUGUCUGCAUCCUGAACGAGCGUCGAGGGACCCCAACAAAUGGCUACAACCUGGGUCAGUUGCACUUCACAAAGCUGAGAAACUACUGCUUAACAAACGAGUCCUGAAGGAUGUAGCAAAACUCAGCCAUCAUCACCAGACGUCAUCGCUGGAGUCAUUCCACAGUCUGAUACUGCGUUUUGCUCCAAAGAAUGUGGUUUUUCCCUUCAUGGGAAUGUUGUGCAGGUUGUAUCUUGCAUCAAUGCACCACAACGAAAAUGCUUCACGGGUGCAAGCUACGACUUCUGCAGGGCAGGCUGUUUAUAAAGUUGUCUAUCCAAAGGCGAAGAUGGGGGAAGGUGUUGUGAAGCCCGUGAAAACGGAUCCAACAUUCAACUAUGUACAUGACCUCAUGAGGCUGCUCAUGGAGGUUUUUGAGGACCCAACAUCAUUUGACGAGGAAAUGAAGACUAUCCCCAUCCCUCCAGACCUUUCAGCAGAAAAUACACGCACUCCGAAGGCUGAGCUGGUUGCCCGUCACGUCUCCCGCUUCAAUCUAGAGGUGGUCUGAAGCCUACGUAGUCACCAGAUGGGAACUGCUGCCGUAUCCGCUGCACCACACAUGACGGGAGGACGACCCGACAACUACAUGGUUCCCGCGGGUCCUUAAAAAGUCUUAAAAAGUCUUAAUUUUUUUUGUGUAAAAUUAAGGCCAUAAAUUGUCUUAAAUUUACUGUAAAUUUGCUCUAGGUAUUAAAUUUUGCAGAGGGUUUUUUAAGACUAGGGGAAAUUGUCGCGCACAACAAAUAACCUAGUGCGUCUUUUAAUUACGGCAUUUUCAGGAGUUUUACGUUACGUUAACGUUGACAUCAGUCAUCGGGGGGCCGGUUGCAUCUGCAGCCUGCAGCUGCGUCUGUAGGCUAACUUGCUGGCGCUACUUUUAGCUAUUGACGGUUGACAUCAUUAGGCCAACUUGCGCUACUUUCAGGAUGGGACAGUGCAAAUUCAAUGAGAAAUGGUUUGAGGAGGAUACGUUUCGGGGGUGGUUGGAGAAGGCAGGUGACUACGAGGCAAGGUGUCGUUUAUCCCGAAAGGCAUUCAUACUAGGGAUUAUGGGAGCAAAAGCUCUUGAGUCCCACAUGAGGUCGCA